UUCACUAUAUAAAAAUUAUUUACAGCUAUUGGAUUCAUUUAACGGUUGUAAAAGUUAUUGUUUUGAUUAAUAUUCAUUUAUACGAUCGUGUAUUAAAAUUCUUUUUUAAUUAAAAUUUUUUAUUUAAAAAUCGGGCGUCGCGGUAUGGAAUACAUUACGUGACCCAGUGUUUCAAAACUGAAAUUUCUUUCAACUUUGUUGAAUUUGGAUAUAUCAUUAAUCAUGGAUGAUAAGCCUUUUCAUUGUCCAUCAGCAGAUUGCAAUAUGGCAUUUGUGAAUGAAGAUCAUUUGACAGUACAUAAGAAGAAGCAUGAAUUAUCAUUAACUCUAACGCCUACUACUGCUACCUUUAAAAACCCAUUUGUUGAUCAAACACCCACUCCUACUCGAUUUCUAAAUGCACUAGAAUCUGAUUUAUUUCAAGACUUCCAGAAUGACAAUCCUUUUGAUGCUACCUUUCGAAAAGCUAAUUCCUCCAAUGGUGGUGCUAAUUUGGUUUUGCCUGAGUCAUCAUCAUUAAUAGCAAGUUUACCAGAUUCAGAAGUUCUGAAUACACCGUCAAUAACUCUACCAAGUGAACCAGAGACUCCAAUUGCUUUAAAAAGUAGUUUUAUUAAUAAAGUUUCUCAGAAGGAGCAGAAUAACCAGACUUAUAGUGAGAAUACUGAUACCUUACCAUUCACUCCUGUAGAGCAACAUACCCAAGACACUGUUCCUGAACAAAGUAAUGUAUCUAAUGAUGUCUCUUCAGAUAAUGCAAGUUUCUCAGAAUUGGCUGCACCUAGCCUUUCAGCAUUUUCUGAAACCAGUCAUAAAAAUGAUCAAAGAAAUAAUGCAACUAGGACAAGUGUUGUACAGACUCGAGUUAUUACAUCUGUAGGUAGCAUAUUAAAAUCAAAUACUACUGGUGUACCAACUGCAGUGGUAACUCGCUCAGCACCAAACGGGAUUUCGUCUGUAACUUCUAGCCAAGUUGUGACAGAAAAACCUAGUCAAACUAAAAUUCAGGAGCAACAGCAGCCUGUUGUGCAGUCUGUAUGUGUAACUCCAAUGGUACAGCUGAUGAUUAGAUUGCCAGAUGGGCAGACCAUGCCAGUUCAGUUUCCAGUUAUGACUUCAGGUCCAGCUACCCAGCCAGCACAAACAGUCCCACCAAUUGUACCCCAGGCGUCUCAACAAGUUUCCAGCUCAUCUUCAGUUACCAAAAUGAAACUGAAAGAAGCAAUAACAAUGAAUCAGAAGUCAGGUGGGGCUGGUAAAAAGAAUAACACUAAUGGAAGAGUGCGAAGUAAGCAAUCUAUACAAUUACUUCCUGUCCAAGAUUCUUCUUUGGAUGGUUUUGGAUUAUCUCUUUCCCCACCUCCUUCCCCAAUUACAGUGCAAAGGCCAGGUCAUAAUGGUCGUAAGCGUCGUGACCUCAGUGAUGACCCUGAUGAGAAACGCAGAAGAUCAUUAGAGAGAAACAGGGCAGCAGCAACAAGGUGUAGAGAAAAGAGAAAACAGUGGAUUACAGCUCUAGAGAAAAAAGCUAAUGAAUUAGCAAACACUAAUACUCAGUUACAGCAUGAGGUAACACAGUUGAGAAAUGAGGUUGCUCAUUUAAAGACCAUGUUGUUGGCACAUAAAGAUUGUCCUGUUACUCUUCAGCAGAAGGCAUCGAAUUAUGAUGCAGACAGAGAAGUUUUUACUACAGUUCGCAUAAUUACUUCUGCUUCUGAUGAUGUGCAACAAGUACCGAAUAGUACUGUUGUUUCACCACUAAAUGCAGAAUUUAUGGAAAUGGAUGUGAACUCUGUGCAAAGUAGUAAUGAUGGUUCUUUUACAUCUGAUACCAGUGACACAUCCUUUAGAGAAAGGUAGCAUUGAAUGUAUUUGCAUAAUCCCUAUGCAGUAUUCAUAAAAAUGGCUCACUAUUCAUAAUUUGUCUGAGGAAUGUCCAGAGCAAAGAUUUUAAUUUUUUUUUAAUUGGAAUUACUUUUUUUUAAUUCAAAUGUUUGCAAAAUAUUUAAUUAUAAUUGGAAGAAAUCUAAAAUGCUUUUAAAAAAUCAGAACAUUUAAAAUUAGGUAAUAUUUUACUAUCAUGUUCUCAAAUUAAAUUUUAAAAUCAUGUUUAAUUCAUUUCACUUGGAACUAUUAUUUCAAACAUCUUAAAAAUAAAGUUACUUGCCUUUUUAUGGCACAUUUAUGGAUAUAGGUAAUAAUUAAUUUUGAUGUUUAAAUUUUCAAACAUCUGAUUUUACUUGUCCAUAAUCGGAAGUAAUAUCUGAAUCCUUGGUUUUUCUUUUUGUGUGUAUUUUUAAAAUUCUUUAAAAAAAAAAAAAAGAAAGAAAGAAAGAAAUGCUAAAAAAAUCAACUGGGAAAAACUAAACUAAAAUAUUAUUCUUCAUUAUUGAUAUAUUAACAUAUGUCAAAGAUUUAUAGCUAGAAAGUUUUAGAGAUCACCUGGCCAGUUAAGAGUUACUUUGCAAAUCGAAUACAUUGUCUGAUUUAGCAGCUACAACAUCUGAAAUUGCUUUUAGGUCACAUUACUGAUGCACAUAUAGUAGCUCAUAUUUGUUUUUGGACAUUUGUAUUUUUGAAAUAUAUUUGUAUAGAUUUUGUACUAAAUAAUGAAACACAAAGUGCAGAUUUUUUUUCCAACGUAGAAUUUUUUCUAUUUUAAGCUUUGCUUGUUAAAAAUUAAAUAUCAUCAAAAUAUUCCUUGUAAUAAAAUGAUAAUUCAAAUGUAUUAGUCAGUAACUUACAUAAUAAUUCAGACACUUGAAACUUUUGUUGAGAUGUUUCGGCAGAUAAAAUUCUUUGUCAUAAUCUUAUGUUUUAAAUGAAAAUACAUCACAAAAAUUAUCAUCUGCAUCAGUGGCAUAGCAUAGGUUACUGCCGCCGGGGGCAGAUACUAAAUUUGCCGCCCCUGCCUGCUACAAAAUGUGAUAUUAUUGUAAAGAUGAAAUUUUCU